AUGAACAUACAAAUUGACGGGAGGAGUGAAAAUGACAUUGAUCAAUUAGGAGAACUUCUGUACAAGAAGCUAAAGGGUAGGCGGUAUCUUUUUGUAAUGGAUGACGUGUGGGAUAUUGAGGCUUGGGACAGUGUGAAAAGAUAUUUUCCAAAAGACAAAACUGGAAGUCGAAUCCUUUUGACUACUAGGCUCGAGAAUGUGGCUUAUUAUAUCAAUUCUGGUUCUCAUCUUCAUCAUGUGCGUUUUCUGAACGACGAAGAAAGUUGGAAGUUAUUUUGUCAGAAGGUGUUUGGAGAAAGUUCUUGCCCUCUUGAAUUGGAAGAAAUCGGUAAGAAGAUUGCCCAAAAUUGUCGAGGACUUCCACUUGCAUUUGCUGUGAUUGGGGGCCUCCUAUCAAAGGCCACUAAAACACCACAUUACUGGAGAACUAUUGCAAAAAAUGUAAGUUCGGAAAUAACUUCAAAUGAUGAGCAAUGCUCUAAGAUACUUUCUUUAAGUUAUAAACAUUUGCCUUAUCAUUUGAAAGGGUGUUACCUAUUUAUGGGAAUUUUUCCGGAAGAUUAUCCAAUCAAUGUCAAGGUACUUACCAAAUUGUGGGUUGCAGAGGGAAUCCUCAAACCAGCAUGCUCUAAAACAUUGGAAGACGUAGGAGAAGAGUACUUUUUGGAUCUCGUUCAAAGAAGUCUUAUUUUGGUUCAUCGGAAAGGGUCCAGCGGAAAAAUUAGAACAUGUAGAAUUCAUGAUCUGUUACGGGACCUUUGCGUCAAAGAAGCUCAAAAGGAGAAGUUUUUCCAUGUCAUUGAAGGGAGUCUUUAUGGUAUUCAAGGAGACACUAGUAUGCGCCGUGUAAGUAUUACUGAUAAGAAGAAUUCUCCAUCUUUUCAAUUUUACCAUGCGGCUAAAGGGACUUUCAAGGGUGAUGACAAAACACUAUCUUCUUUCGAUUCUAGGCUACUUAAAGUACUGCAUAACAAAGCAUUUGAUCAUUUGCUAGAUGGAAUGGGAGAAUUGGUUAACAUGCGGUACUUCUAUUACUACCGUUAUACUGAUGCACCAAUAUAUAAGCUUCGGAAUCUACAAACAAUUGUUAUUUGGAACCAUAGGGGGCACAUUAUACUACCACCAGAAAUAUGGAAGAUGUCACAACUAAGACAUGUCAAGUUGGAUGGUUAUAUACAUCUUCCGGAUCCUCCUAGUUCAGAAAUAAAGGGUGAAGAAAAUUCUAUUGUUGUUCUAGAAAAUCUACAAACACUCUCGAGGAUGUAUAAUUUUAGGUUGACGGAGGAGGUCCUCAAAAGAAUUCCAAAUCUAAGGAAAUUGGCUAUUGAUUAUAAUAUGGUGGCCAGUUGGGAAGAAUACUGUAUCAAUAAUUUUGUCCAUUUAGCUAAACUUGAAUCAUUAAAAUGUUAUCUUAAAUAUCCAGAGCCAGG